AUGAAGCGCAAAACACGAGACACAUUUUUGUCAACACUGUGUUCACACUUCGACUCAGCCAUACCGGCUUGUUUAACAUGUACCGGUGACGAUGUGAUCGGAUGCGCGUAUUUGGGUAUGUUGGCACAUGACAAAUCUGAAAUCGAACAAUGGAAAAGCACUGUUGAACACAUGGGAAAGGAAUAUAAGGGCACGCACAACUUGAAACCGCCUCAUUCGGCGCCACCAGUACAUGUAGCGGAAACUGGCGAUAACGAUGAGGAUGAUGAUUAA